AUGGGUGCUGUUCAAGCUUUGAAUAAUGCUAAUAUAAUGGCCGUUAUGAUCAAUGCAUCAGAUGGUACCCCACCACUAGCAUUACCAGUUAGAGCUACUGGCAUUACAGUUAUUCCAGCACAUAAUUCUCUUGCCGGGAGGUGUCCUGUAGAUACAGUGACUAAUGUAUUGAAUGGUGCUACAAAUAACAAUAAUCCUAUAGUUCUUCCUGAUAUCAAUAUUAGCCAGGUCAUUUAUUGGUUUAAAAGGAAUUAUCCUACGGUUGUUCGAGAGCAACAGAAAUUGAUCUUUGGUAUUUUAACUCAAGGAUCUGAUUCAUUGAAAAUAAAGCGACUAGGUUUAAACAAACCUUUAAAUGAUGAAUUGAUUGAAACAUUAGAAGAAAUUAAAAUGGAAAGGAAUAAUUUGCUUCUGGAUGAGGAUAUUUAUAACCAGCUAGCUACUAAGUUAAAACCAAAAACACUUUCUUAUCAGAAUAUUACUACAGAAAAUAUUGAUAAGAUUAAAAAUAUCACUAAGGCUGAUUUACAAUCUUCUAUUAAAUCAUUGCAGAAGACUAUAUCUCGAGCGACUAAGAUUCUAGGUAAUAGUAAAAAAUCAGCUAAUAAGAAAGCAGAAGACCUUAUUAUUAGACGUUUUUUAGGUAAUAUACUAAAAGAGAAAGGUAAUGUAGCUUCUAACGAUGAUUAUAAUUAUGAUUCUGUUGAUAAUAUUACUGACAGUAUGGCUAGCAUGACACUAAAUAGGGCUACAAUAAAUGCUAUCAAAUCUGCUGUUAGAAGUGCUGUUAAAAAAUGUAUCAAGUGUGAUUCUAGUCCAGUUGUAUCUAAACAGGUAGUAAAGAUAAAGUUUCACUUUAGUGCUUCUAGCCAAAACAAUGUCUCAUCAUCUUCUAAUAAUUUGAUUUCAGAUGAGUCCA